AUGUCUGAGAAAGACGAUGAGAAUGAUGAAGUUGCAAGAAUUGUUGUUGUAGGUCAGAACCGCGCAAGGCUGUCAAAGAUUAUGGAGUUGGUGAAUGAGCGGAAAGAGACACUUUCCGAGUCAGAAUUCGACACCAAAACAAAGCUCGUUCCAUGUCUCGCAGCGUUACAGGCCUAUCCAAAUGAAGAUGGAAACCAAGUGAGAUACAUGUCUAAUUUUGUCUAUCACGACGGAUCUUCCAUGACGCAAUUUCUAGACGAUGAGGCUUUUCGAACCAAUGUGCGACUCGUGCUGAUGGUUGGCUAUGAAUGGCAGCAUGGAGAUGAAGUUCACAUUUUCAAGUACUUUGAAACCAAUGGAAUUGACAUACAAGUGGAAUGCAUUCGACCCAACGCAGAUCACGAUACUUUGCAGAAAGAGAUGGAUGUAUUCAAGGGACUCAACCCGGAAGACAAGAAGAAACAUUCUCAAGAACAGACAAUGGGGCCAUCCAAAAUGGCCAAGUAUGUUAUUGAUGCUUUGAGGCGACCUAUGGAAGAAGAAAAGGAAGAUGAAGAAGAUGAUAAGGCAGAAGCAGAAGAAGAAACAGCGGAAGAGAUACAAGAGAAGAAACGGAUCUAUAUUGAUGCUAAACUCCCUAGAUAUGCAUGCAAGGUGUGCCGGUCGAUCUUGUUUGGACAUAAUCACCUGCACCCACUCACCAAAGCCAACUAUGGCACUAAAAUUACGAGUCAUUCGAUGUUUUGUAUUGAGGAGGUACUCAAUUGGCUGGCUGGAGACGAUCAAUAUGCAGCGGAAGGGAAGCUUUCUUGCCCAAACUGCCAUGCCAAAAUUGGGUACUGGAAAUGGUCGGGCGCACUGACGGCAAAUGGUUCAUGGGUGACGCCUGCGAUUCAGUUUCCGACUAGCAAAGUGGACCGAAUCGAGCCAGUGUCUAUCAGUCCACUACAUGGUGUCAUUCGACCAGUGCUUUCCCAGCAGGAUGGCGAAGCUACUAGUGAGAUUGAGACGACUGUUGGCAACGCGCUGCCUACAAACCCUUCCAUCGAGUAG